AUGUCAAUAACAAGAUAAAAUCAUCGUUGCAUGACGAGUUUUAAGACCAUGGGUUUUAGAAGUGAUUAUCGUUAAUUUUCGUUAUCAGAUCCUCGGAGAAUAGAAAUGAUAGUAAAAUAAUUUUCAGUUCCUUAUUAACCAAAGGGUGCAUCACUGUCUAAAAUAAAAAAGAAGGUAGAGAUACAAAAGUAUUGUAACAACGAUCUGCGUAAAAGGUCAAUUACUCUAGAAGCUGUUCAAUCAGAUAGAGUAUAGAGGUAGGAGGAAUAAUCAUCGAACAAUGAAAGUGCAAGUUAUGAUAAAGGAACUUACAUGCUAAUGCCUUAAGUUCAAACUUAACGUCAAAUAAAACCUUCAGUUUAGUCUCAUUUUUUGGCAAAAAUUCUAAAGGAAUCAAAUAAUAAGAAAACUCAGUAGCCAAAAUUUAUAUUAAAGAAAAACUAAGUUAAUGUUCUAACAAUAUAAAAUAAAUGA